UGGCUGGGCUGGCUCACGCCUUGUUUGGCACGGCCGGGAUAGAGCCUGUUUCUUUAGCUUUGGCUGUGGCAGCUUCUACUCGCAAGAGAAAACUGUUCCCCCGCUCUCUCUCCUGUUGCGGUUGGAUGAGCUCUCGAUGCAAGGAGGAGAAAGAUUAACAGUGCAGCUCUAAGAUGAGGCCUCCAUCUGGGCAAGGUAUAAGGCUGACAUACCUUCUCCUGAAUUUGGCUUCCCUCUGUCUUCCCAUCCCACUCUGGAAGGACAGAGAUGCCCUAAUGCAGGAGGAAAAAGCCCAUCAGACAGGUGGUAAUUUGGUACUGGACAAACAGGAACAGCAGCUCAGUACAAAGCUUGUAAGCCUCAAGGAGGAGGAGGUUGCUACAGCCAUGAACACAGGAUUGUUCCCUCCAAGCAUGCACUUCUUUCGGGCUAAAAGCCUCAUUGAUCAGAGCACAGUGUUCAGCAUCUUAAAGCGCAUGCCAAAAGGUGCUGUCUUACACCUGCAUGACUACGCCAUCCUGAGCACAGACUGGCUUGUGUACAAUGCCACUUACAUGCCGAACUGCUACAUCUGCUUCACAUACACAGGCACAGUUCGGUUUAGGUUUUCCAAGCCUCACCCUCCUCAUCCCAUGCCAGCCCAGUGCUCUGAGUGGGUGUUGCUAGAGACAUAUCGGAAGCAGCUGCCCAACGUGACUGAGUUCGAUAACAGCUUGCUGAGAAACUUGACCCUGGUGACGGAUGCCCCUGAGCUGGCCUACCCUUCUCAGACUUACAUUUGGAGAAGAUUUGAAGAAGUCUUUCUCAUUGCCUCUGGCCUUAUCUGCUAUGCACCUGUGUUCAAGGCCUAUUUCUACCAGGGGCUGCUGGAACUCUAUGAGGAUAACAUACAGUACGUCGAGAUAAGAGCUCUCCUGCCUGCGGUAUACGAACUGGAUGGCACCCGGCACAAUAAGUCCUGGUCCAUGGCAACAUAUCAGGAAGUGACCAAGCAAUUUGUGAAAGAUCACCCUGACUUUGUUGGAGCAAAGAUUAUAUUUACAGCACACAGGAUGUUGAACGUUUCCCAGAUUAAAGAUGCCAUCAUCACGGCCAUGGCACUCAGAGCCCGCUUCCCGGACUUCCUGGCAGGCUUCGACCUGGUAGGCAAUGAGGACGAAGGUCAUUCUUUAUGGGAGCUGAAGGAUGCCCUGACCAUCCCAUAUUCCCUGGGGGUCAACUUGCCAUACUUUUUCCAUGCUGGGGAGACUGACUGGCAGGGCACAUCUGUAGACAACAAUGUGCUGGACGCUCUGCUACUGAAUACCAGCCGCAUUGGCCAUGGACUCGCCCUCAUUAAACAUCCAGUAGUCAAAAAUUUAUCUCUGAAGAGGGAUAUUCCCAUAGAAGUCUGUCCUAUCUCCAACCAGGUGCUGCUGUUAGUAGCUGACUUGCGGAACCACCCCGCAGCCAGCCUCAUGGCUGAAGGACACCCCAUUGUGAUCAGCCCCGAUGAUCCCCCUAUCUUUGGGGCAAAGGGCGUCUCCUAUGACUUCUACGAGGUGUUCAUGGCCAUCGGAGGGAUGAAUGCCGACUUGAGGACCUUAAAACAGCUUGCACUCAACUCUAUAAAAUACAGUGCCAUGCUACCUGAAGAGAAAGCCAAGGCCAAAGAGGUCUGGCAGAAAAAAUGGGACCAGUUCAUAGCUGACCUCUCUGACAGCUUUUUGAGGGAGCUUUAGAAGGAAGGAGAGCCAUCUCAGAAGGCACUGGCAAGUCAGAGUGAGCCAGGCUCCUUGCUAACGCAGAGACAGAGAGUGCUUCUUCCACGGGGCUUCAGCAGACAAGCCUCUCACUUGAGAGUGGAUGAUUCUGAUAAACUAGACUUAACGCUAAGAACGAGCUGCGCUACACUAUGAAAGUCAUUGACUGGAGGUAAAAGGCAGCAGUGAGCCUUUGUAACAGCAACAACAACAAAAUACCCUGCUCAAAAUGACAUAGUCAAAACACAGAAAUUGCCAGUGACCAAAUCCCAACAUCCUUGUUCAGGGAAAACAAGGUUUCUAAUUAGAGUUAGUGGGAGAUUGCCAACAUGAGGAUCUCUGAAUUUUGCCUUAUCAUUACAAAACGCAGACCUUGUCCGGAAACAGCUAAGACAAACAUCCAGCCAUUUGGGCCACUGACCUUCAGGAGAGCAAGGACUGAAAAUGACUCUUGUUAUGUUUAACCCUGGGCCUGCUGCCAAAAUAGCACUGCUAGGUCGAAGAACCAGUCAUAGGUCUGACGUCUGCUAUUUCAGGACUCACCAGCGCUGCAAACAAGUUAAUGGAUCUGUACAAAUGCUCCCAGAAUGUUUAAGCUUGGUCACACAGCGAUCACAAAACCAAAAAGAAGUUGCUCAGUUGCUGACAGUUUUUUCAGGCAGAAUCCUUUUCUGUCCUCUGGUCACAUGGAAACUAAAAUGCUUUUCAGCUGAGAAAAAAAAAACACCCUGGCUUCCCAGACCCAGCUUAAGUAAGACUCUGAUCCUGCACAUGGAUAUGUUAACAUAGGCCUCUGCAUUUAUAGGAAGCUCCUUUUGAUUUCAGGGGAUUCCACUGUGUGCCUGUGUUGCCUAAAUCAGAGCACACAUGUGACCCUAUUUAGCCUAUGUCCAUAUCAGACAGAUCUUCACCUUGGUGGAGAGCCACUCCCAUGCUGUGGAUAUCCAGUAUUUUCACAGGGAUCUUUGUAGUUACCAGUUCUUUGGCGGAAAAGUAUUGUAGCAACUACACAGUAAGUAGUGUUGAGACAAGCAGAUUCGCUUGCUUAGCAACAUCAGAAAUAUUGGGGAAAGAAAUAGUUUCAGGAUGACUGCUUUGUAUAAGGGAGAUUAACAAAGAAAUCUUAACCAGGGUGCAAAGCAAAUUACAAAAUGCUCCAGCAUAAACGCGAAAAGGCUACAUAACCCAAGUAUGCAGCCAGGAUCAGCUGGUGUCUCUCUGGCUUCAGCAGAAUGGCAUUGGUUUGCCUCAGUCAAGGAGGCUGCCGUGCAGAAUUUGCAAAAGCUCCCACUGAAAGAUGCCUCCCACUGAAAGAUGCCUCUCUCCUCAGAGCCUCCAACUUGCUCUGUCUGACACUGCCUGAUCAGGUAGGUCAGCUCAGGCUAAUCGGCUGUCUUUACAUUUUCUGCUAAUUGUUCCAAGCUGCCUGGCCACAGUGUUUAUUUCCACUGACCUCGGGUAAAACACCCGAGCGGUGACAAAGGAGCCCUUACUACAGAAGCUGAUCAAGGCGCACAGCCUGCAUGUCCCUUGCAUGCAAAGUAUUAAUUUGCCCACAUUUCAUAGGCUGCGAGUUUGUACCUAGCUAUCCCAGGCAAAAACAAAACAGAAACACAACAGAGUGAAGGCACCUGGAUUGCAGAACACAAACCAGCAGAAAAGCAAA